GUUGCAUGCUUCGUUUGAAGAAAAUAAAGUGCUAGGAAGUGUGUGUAGUGAAAGGCAAACUAAAACCCCAAAAGAAAAAUAUCUGUUGGCAAAAUGCAGAAAACAUUUCAAACAUAUUUGCCAAUUGCGAAAUAGAAUAAAAAAAUUGAAAAAUAAGGAUAUUCUAAAAGAAUUAAAUAAAAACGAGUCAGUUGAUAAGUUAAUGAAAAAAUUGACUCCUACAUUUGCCUUGUUGCUGCAAGCACAGAUAAAAAACAUAAAAAAAAAACCAAAGGAAGGAGAUGGACAACAGAAGAAAAAAUAACAGCACUGAGACUAUAUAAAAGAUCACCAACUUGCUAUAGACUGAUGAGAAGAUUGUUUUGUCUACCAGCUCCAUCUACCUUAAAAUGUCUUUUGAGCAAAUUCUCCCUCGAAGUGGGAGUCAAUAAAUGUAUUUUCUCUGUGUUAAAAAGAACAGCAGAACUUCAAUGUGCAUCUGACAAUGAAUACAUCAUCAUGUUUGAUGAGAUGUCAAUUAAAAAAAAUAUAAAAUAUAAUCAAAAGACAGAUACAAUAGAAGGAUUCCAAGACCAUGGACUUCAAGGCAGAUCACCAAAAUUAGCAACACAUGCUCUAGUGUUCAUGUUAGCUGGCAUUAGAAAAAAGAUUAAGCAGCCUGUGGCUUACUACUUAUCCAGCGAGUAUGUAACAGCAGACCGUCUAGCAGUCUUGAUAAAAGAGAUAAUACGUGAAUGUCGUGAGGCGGGUCUUAGCAUAGCGGCAACGGUUUGCGACAUGGAUGGAGUAAAUCGACGAGCUUUGUCCAUCUUGGGUGCCACUAGUGAAAAACCCUCCAUUACUAUUGAUGAUAUAGAGAUUAUCAGUAUGUAUGACCCGCCUCAUCUUCUUAAGUGUUUCAGAAAUCUAUUUCUGAAAUACGAUAUCCAGUGCACUACACAAAUUACAUCAAACAACAAAAGUGGAAUAGGUGUUGCAAAAUGGAGCCACAUAAAAACUUUUUAUGAUCUGGACAAUCAGAACCCCAAUUUUGUAUUUGCUCCGGGCUUAAAAUUAGAACACCUCAAUCCAAACAGCAAGCAAAAAAUGAAGGUUAAAUUGGCGGCACAAAUCUUAAGCCAUACGGUUGCUGCUGGGAUGUUGGCGAAAAUUUCAGAAGGAGUACUGACUUCAGAAGCAGCUGUAACUGCAGGUGUUAUUUCAAAAAUGGACAAGCUAUUUGAUUCUGUUAACAGCGACUCCUCAGAUUUGCGCCGCGGGAAAAUAUAUGCGACUAAUUUAAAAGAAACCACACCACAUCUCCAGUUAUUUAAGGAAAUGAAAUUAUUUUUUAAUACUUUAAAAUUCUUAGGCUGCACACGCACACCGCCUUCAAAAGAAGGAUGGGUGUGGACUCUGAAUGCAGUCGAACUUUUAUGGAAUAAACUCCGAACUAAACAUUCAAAUGUUCAAAGCCUUGCCACCCGCAGACUACAGCAGGACCCAUUAGAAAACCUGUUUGGCUGCAUUCGGGGUAAUUGUGGUGCUAAUUACAAUCCCACUGCUGGACAAUUUGUUGCAGCCUUAAAAACUUCUAUGUUAAGCAACCUAGCUCACCUAAGCACUGGAAACUGCGAAAGCGAUUACUGCGAAAGUAUAAUUGAUAAUUAUAAAGAGAUAUUGACCAAGUCCACAAACAUAUGCACAAAUGAUACAAUUUUACAGAAUUUUUCAUAUUCCUCAGAUUUCUCUGAGGAACUUGAAAAUGUAUGUACUGCUGAACCAUCAACUGGUGAAGCUCAGGCAUGUGCAUAUGUUAGUGGAUUUUUAGUUAAAAGACUUGAUUGUACCUGCACAAACUGUCAUAAUAUUUUAAUUUCUAAGGAAAAAGGGUCAGUUGAACAUUUAUUUAUUCAAUUUAAAGAAUACUCCGAAAAGCAGAGCUUGAAUUAUCCCCAUAAAAAUAUAAUAAAUUAUGUGGAAUCCUGUGCUUUGGUGGCAAACAGAAUGUUUGAAGAUAUAGGACACGAAAAGCAAGUACUUAAAAGAGUAAAAGAAAAAAUUAUAGAAUCAGUUGAUCAUGAGUUUUUAAAGGCUUGUCCAGCACAUUGGGAAAAAAAUCUCAAUUAUUUUAUUCACAAUGUAUCAUAUAUUUGUAUAAAGAGGCACUGUAUAUUAAAAAAUCGUCAGUUCUCAGAAGAAGCUUCGAAAGCUUCUUUAAAGAGAAAAAUGGAUGUUUUAAAACACAAAUGAAAUUAAAAAAUAAAGAAAAUUAUUAUAA